ACUGUCAUCUCCACCAUGGCCGAGCUGAUCCAGAAGAAGCUACAGGGAGAAGUGGAGAAAUAUCAGCAGCUACAGAAGGACUUGAGUAAAUCUAUGUCAGGGUGGCAGAAGCUUGAAGCACAACUAACAGAAAAUAAUAUCGUCAAGGAGGAACUGGUCCUGCUGGAUGGGUCCAGUGUGGUCUUUAAACUUCUGGGUCCUGUGCUGGUCAAACAGGACCUGGGGGAGGCUCGGGCCACAGUGGGGAAGAGACUGGACUAUAUCACAGCUGAAAUUAAGAGAUACGAAUCCCAGCUCCGGGACCUUGAGCAGCAGUCAGAGCAACAGAGGGAGACCCUUGCUCAGCUGCAGCAGGAGUUCCAGUGGGCCCAGGAGGCAAAGGCAGGGGCUCCUGGGAAAGCCUGA